AAUUGUUGAGAUUGCACGAUCCCCGAAUUGUUAGUCAUUUGUCAGGAAUUGAUGAAAAUGUUGACGAAAUAUCUACGUCAAAACCGCUAAUUAAUGCAAGUCCGUUCGUUCAAAAUUCAAUUUUGAGUCCAGAUAAAUCGUCAACUAUUGGAGAUGAACAUUCUCACGAAAGUACUAAUGAUUUUACAAGGAAUCAAGAUCCUCUUGAUGCAUUGAAAAAUAGUAAAGGCAACGAUAUCAACAUAAAAGAACAAGGAAUUCCAGCAGUAUCUGUUAAGAAACAAGCGGUAAAAACUGCUUUUGAGGAAGCUAGUAAGGCCGUCAGAAAUGCUACUACUGCAUAUGAGGAACUAAUGCAAGUACUCCCUCCAGGCAUGAAAUUUGAUGUCGAAUCGACUGAUUAUGUUAGUUCGAAUUUAUCUGUUUUAGAAGAGCUCCUUGGGGUAAUUGAACUUGAUGAUGCUUCCCGUGUAAUGAAUUUUCAAAAUUUUUCUUCCGCAUCAACAAGUAACAAACCAAUUGAAUCGUGCAGCAUUGAUAUGACUAAGGAGAUAACUAGGAAGGAUUCCAAAAUUGAUUCCGAUAGUAUUGAUGUGAACAAUAAGAACAUUCAAUUGGGUAUGCAAGUGUUGAUAGGUUACGAUGAUCAUGUGUUUAGUGAAUGUGAUCCGAAUGAACUAGGCAACAUCAUUUCAACGAAAAGUCAAAAGCAUGAACAACUAAAAGAAGUAAAGGAAAAAAUGAAUGACGCUAAUUAUGUGCAUCAAAAUGAUUCAAAAAGCUUGGAUCCCAUUGAUAACAAAUUUACAACAAAAAUAGAGGUGUCAAAAAAGCCGUCUCGGACUGUACCAAAAACGUCAAAGAACCUUAAAGUUAAACGAUACAACACAAGAAGUACAGAUGGGACACGGAAAUUAAGAGUUAUGUUCGAUGGUGUUCAAGCGGGUAAUCAAAAAUCCAAAAAUGAUAUUAAUUCAAAACAAAAGAAAAAGAGUAAUCCACAGAAAAUGCCGAUCAAUACCAAAGAAACAUUAAAGAACACACGCUCUAAAACAUCAAUAAAGAUGCCAACAAUACCGAAGGGUUCUUUCGGUUACUUCUUUGAAGAUUACUACGCUAAGGUCAAAGUUAGUCAUCCUAAUGAAUCUCUUACGCAA